UGACACAAGGAGAGGAGAGAAACGGCAAACAGUCGGAGAGUAAUAAGUGAGAGUGAACUGGAGCUGUAGGACUUCAAGCGGAAUAUGGCACGACGACUGCGUUUAUACUUUGGAUCUGGCCGAAGUAACACAGCCCCGGAGAUACUAGAGACAGACUCUGAGGAGCAGCAUGAAGACGGUGAGGUAGCUGGAGCACUUUGCAUGAACCCACCUUCGUUGUUGAGGCCUGCUCAUGACUCAACUGUGCAACAUGUCCCGUCAACAACUUUCUGUUUGCGCUCGGAGCCUAUGCUUAAACGCAGCUCUUCCAUGUUCAUACCCCAUCUCGCUACUUAUUCAGAAUCGCGCCCCACUAAGAGCUCAUCCAUGCAUAUUUCCCUCCAGCGGUCUAACGGAUUAAGUAAUAAAGAAUCUGGUGGCCAUGUUGAUGAUAUCCCACCACCUUGUUAUACUCCUCCUGGACCUGCGCCUGCAUAUAGUGAACCAAAUAUUCAAACAGACUUUCCACUCCAGCCGCCUCCUCCGUACUACAGCUCCGUUUCGUCAAACUCACCAUCUUUUCCAACAGAACCAAACCUCUCAAAACGCAGAUUUUUUAGUAUUGGUUCCAAUGGCCAUGCAGCAUUCAGAGGAGGUCAACCUGGUGUCAAUGUUGGCGCCAUUUGUAUUAGGAGGAAUUGUCUCAAUGGUUCUGAUGCUCAGCAGUACCAGAUUUUUCCCUAUGGUGGGGAUGGACAAUCUGUCCAACAGCAGAGCCUUAACCCAAGUUUUGGGGCUAAUGGUGCAACACAGACACUAGUUUUUCAGCUUCAGCAAAAGCAAAACCAGGACCCGACAGAAGACGGACAAGGAUCUCCUCUUACCCUAGAGGAAUGCACAGAUUUGAGCCAUGGUAGCUCAAGCGGUGUUCGCGCAGUGCGCUAUCCAAGAAUCCGACUGCAAAGAAGCUCUUCUCGUCAGAGGUUGUUGCUGGAGAAGAAAAACAGUGCAGACUUUCACACUAUACAAGAGAGUCAAACAGAUGUGGAGCUGGAAGACAAAAACAACUCUAAUUGUUGUACUUUUAAAAUCUGUGGGGAAAGCCCCAGAAGGCAGCCUCAUUUCAAGAUAUAUUUUUCCCCGGGUGGAGGUGGAGAUCAGGAUGCGAGUGCUGGCAGAGAGUUAACAACGAAUAAUUCCAAGACAAGAGAUGAUUUUCUCGGGCAGGUCGAUGUUCCCCUCAGUCAUCUGCCGACUGAGGACCCGGCCAUGGAGCGUCCAUACACAUUUAAAGACUUCCUGUUGCGGCCAAGGAGUCACAAGUCCAGGGUGAAGGGGUACUUGCGCCUGAAGAUGGCCUAUUUGCCCAAACAAGGAGGACAUGAGGAGGAGGCAGGAGAGAUGAGGGAGGAGAGUGAGGGUUGGGAUGAGUCUGUGGAUUCAGGCUCACAGCGGCCUCAGCAGAUGCUGCCUCCUUUGCCUCCAGGCUGGGAGGAAAAGGUGGACAACCUGGGACGCACCUACUUUGUCAAUCACAACAAUCGCUCUACGCAGUGGAAACGGCCUUCUAACAUGGACGUGAUCUCAGAAAUUGAGAGUGACAAUCAGCAGCGACAAAUCCAUCAAGAAGCACACCGUGUUUUCAGAGCGAGGCGCCACAUCAGUGAAGACCUGGAGAACGAACGCCUGGAUUCCAGGAACAUGGACAAUUCUUGGGAGCUCAUCACAGAAGAGGGUCUCAAUGACAGCUUGGCCCAGACUCUGCCUGGUCCCUCCUCCGUGUUGACCCCACAGCACUCCCCAACACCUGCUGCUCAGGAGUUUUCUGAAGAUUUAAAUCUCAGGUUGUCACUCACUCCUGACACCAAUGGUGAAGUGCCAGGACCCAGCUCCUCUCUGAGCCAGCAUUCAAACAGGCUUCGCUCCUCGAGUAUGACAGAUGGCGUCAGUGAUCAGACCCAGGCUCCUCCUUUAAUGCAGAGUUCGCAGACCAGAAGAACCAGAGCUCAAACAGUCUCAGGUGGUGAGGAGCCUAUGUCUCCCUCGGCAGCUCCUUACACCUUGACCACCCCUGGCCUGCCCCCUGGAUGGGAGGAAAGGAAGGAUACCAAGGGAAGAACUUAUUACGUCAACCAUAACAACCGCACCACUACUUGGACUAGACCAAUUGUGCAGCUGACAGAAGACGGAGCCAGCACCUCAGCAGCAGCGCCAGGAGGAGCCUCGGCUCUGGCACCUGCUUCUUCCUCCUCCUCCAAUGCUUCCAACAACCACCUCCAGGAGCCCCAAGUCCGACGACCUCGUAGCCUCAGCUCCCCUACUGUUACCCUUUCCACCCCUUUGGAGGGGGCCAACAACAUCCAGGUGCGAAGGGCUGUGAAAGACACGCUCUCCAAUCCUCAGUCCCCCCAGCCGUCCCCUUACAGCUCCCCCAAAUCACAACAUAAAGCGCAGCAGAGCUUCUUGCCCCCAGGCUGGGAGAUGAGGAUAGCUCCAAACGGACGGCCUUUUUUCAUCGACCACAACAGCAGGACCACCACAUGGGAGGAUCCCAGGUUGAAAUACCCAGUCCAUAUGAGGAAUAAGAACUCAAUGGAGCCUGGUGACCUUGGUCCUCUUCCUCCUGGAUGGGAAGAAAGGGUUCACACAGAUGGACGCACCUUUUACAUAGAUCACAAUACAAAGACCACACAGUGGGAGGACCCCAGGUUACAGAGUCCAGCUAUCACAGGACCCGCUGUUCCCUACUCCAGAGAGUUCAAACAGAAAUAUGACUACUUCAGGAAGAAAUUAAAGAAACCGGCUGACAUCCCCAACCGGUUCGAGAUGAAGCUCCACAGGAACAACAUCUUCGAAGAGUCGUACCGUCGAAUCAUGUCGCUGAAGAGGCCGGACAUCCUGAAGGCCCGGCUGUGGAUUGAGUUUGAAUCUGAAAAAGGAUUGGACUACGGCGGCGUGGCUCGAGAGUGGUUCUUCCUUUUAUCUAAGGAAAUGUUUAAUCCAUACUACGGCCUGUUCGAGUACUCUGCCACGGAUAAUUACACUCUCCAAAUCAAUCCCAACUCUGGCCUCUGCAACGAGGAUCACCUCUCCUAUUUCAAAUUCAUCGGUCGUGUAGCAGGAAUGGCCGUGUUUCAUGGAAAACUGUUGGAUGGUUUUUUCAUUCGACCGUUUUACAAGAUGAUGCUGGGAAAACAGAUUUCUCUUAAAGACAUGGAGUCUGUGGACAGUGAAUACUACAACUCGCUGAAGUGGAUUCUGGAAAAUGAUCCCACUGAGCUUGACCUGAGGUUUUGUAUUGAUGAGGACAACUUUGGACAGACGUAUCAGGUGGAUCUGAAGCCCAGUGGCUCAGACAUGGUGGUUACCAAUGAGAACAAGAAGGAAUACAUAGACUUGGUCAUCCAGUGGAGGUUUGUAAACAGAGUUCAGAAGCAGAUGAACGCCUUCUUGGAGGGCUUCACUGAACUCAUUCCCAUCGAUCUGAUCAAGAUCUUUGAUGAAAACGAACUGGAGCUGCUCAUGUGUGGUCUCGGUGAUGUGGACGUCAACGACUGGAGGCAACACACUGUUUACAAGAACGGCUACUGUCCCAACCAUCCCGUCAUACAGUGGUUCUGGAAGGUUGUACUAUUGAUGGAUGCUGAGAAGAGAAUUCGUCUCCUCCAGUUUGUUACAGGAACGUCACGAGUUCCCAUGAAUGGCUUUGCUGAGCUUUACGGUUCUAAUGGUCCUCAGCUGUUUACAAUCGAGCAGUGGGGAACGCCAGAUAAGUUGCCAAGAGCUCACACAUGUUUCAACCGCUUGGAUUUGCCCAGCUACGACUCAUUCGAGGACCUGAGAGAGAAACUCCUCAUGGCUGUAGAGAACGCUCAAGGCUUCGAGGGGGUCGACUAAAACUAACUGAACACAGCAACAAAUAAAGCAAACGUUAAAGCCA